AUGGUUUCUAUAUUAAAGCCAUUCUUCUUUCGGAUGCGACUGAGAAGAUUAACAUUAAUAGCACAAAAAACGCAGUGGACUACCACUAGUACAGAGACAACGAAAAAUGUUGCCGUCUCCAAAAACAAUGCUAUUACGGAAAAGUACGCGCAAAAGUUAAAGGAGAAAGCUGAGAGAGAAGGCUACGCGUCAAUUGAUGAAUUGAAAGCGAAAAUAUUAAAAAGGCAUCAUCGUCAAACGACUCCUGAUUUACCGGCGCAAGUAAAAUCAUUAGAUAAAAUAUUGAGGAUGGAAAAAAUCUUAUCACAAGACAUGGAAACUAUUUGUCAACUAUGGACUGAAUAUCAUGCCGCCAAAAUUGCAUGUAUUUCGGAUACCCUGUCGGCCGACGCUUACAAGAAGCUAUUUAAACGUGGACAAGAAUUUCCAAUGUUUGUAAUCCCUCUCACACACCCAACAGGCCUUGAAUUCUACAUUCUCCAAUUUCAGUAUCAUCAAUGUUUCUUCACCUCGCUACUAGAAUACAAAACUUUUGCCGCCGAGUCUCAGCCGUUACUCGUGCUCACGUAUUACAUCGAUCUAAUGGACACAAAGGGUGUGGUUUUGAUGCAUGGAGAAAUCGGGAAACCGAAUAUUUUGAGUAAAGAGAAUGCAAAGUAUUUGGUUCGAUGGUUGCGUGAAUUUUAUUUGGAUGGUGAAGAUAAAUGUGAAGAUAAUAAAUCCAAAUGGAAUUUAGUGGUGAAAUUUAAUCGAGAACCAAACAAUUUUGAGUAUAGUGAAUUAGUAAAUGUGAUUAAAGAAGAAAAAUAA